AUGGCCGAUCGCCUGCACCGCCUGCCGCCCCAGGGCGCGGCCCAUUCCCAGGUUGCAGCGCCGCCUGCCGCGCCGCGCCGCGGCGUCUCGCGCAACCUGUUCAAGAGCCACCUCACGCGGCGCCCGACGCCGACGGGCACGGCGACGUCUUCGUCGAACGGGUCGGCGGAGACGCUGCGGUUGCCGGACGUGGACAUCCACAGCGACUCGACGGAACUCGUCGUCAGGGACAAGCACGGUGAGAUUGAGAUUGGGGAUCUGCCGAUGGGCGUGUUGGAUGACGGGGAGGAGGGGAUGCAUGACAUGGAGGAGAGCAAGGUGGAAAGGCAGCGCCUUGCCGAGGCAGUCAAGCAGCAUCAGGUCAAUCACUCGACAAUCCCCGAGCAGCCAGAAGAGCUCCUCGAGGCGGUCCGCAAGAGCCUCCGGGCCAAGGUCGCGGCUCUCGACGAGGACCAGUGGAUGUACGAGGAUGGGGAUGCAUGCUUGCGACGUUAG